AUCUCUUCCUCCUAAAAAAAGGCAGCGCUGAGUACAUUAGCUCUGUAGGUUAUCCGUGACACGUGCCUUAGGUUGAGAAAAUGAGUGGUCCAGCCAUCACAGAUACUAAAUAUGUUUUGGGAGAGAAAAUGGAUAAAGGCAUCCCAGAUCUUCCCAGUGGUCCUCUGGACAUCUACAGGAAAAAAGCGUCCUUCAGCUGGAAGGACAUGAUGCGCUUUUUGGAGGGGGAUGAAAACAUUUCAUUCAAGCAGCACGUGUUCAGGACUCUAGAGAGGGACCCGCUUUUUGCUCGGCAGCCUGGUGAGGACGUCCCAGUGGAGCAAAAGCGAGAGCUCACCUUCCGCCGAUGUAAACAGUUAUUUAAGUAUGACUUCAUAACACGAGAAGAGCUCAUGCAGAACCCCUGGAAGAUGACCGUCCUCAAUGAUUGCCUGGGAAUGUAUGACUGGUCUUUGUGUGCCAAGUACUUCCUUAACAAAGGGAUGUUUGGAGCCACUGUGGUAAACACAGGAUCUCAGAGGCACUUGAAGUUUGUGAAGGACAUCGAGCGGAUGAUGACAUUUGGAUGCUUUUCAUUGACAGAGCUGAGCCAUGGCAGUAACACAAGAGCCCUGAGGACAACAGCCACAUAUGACCCCAGCACUCAGGAGUUUGUAAUCAACUCUCCAGACUUUGAAGCAGCAAAGUUUUGGGUGGGGAACUUGGGAAAGACGGCCACUCAUUCAGUUGUAUUUGCCCAGCUCUACACACCUGAUGGAAAAUGUCACGGCCUUCACUCUUUUAUAGUGCAAGUCAGGGAUCCAAAGACCUUGUUGGCUAUGCCAGGAGUGAUGGUUGGGGAUAUGGGGAAGAAACUGGGUCAGAACGGUCUGGAUAAUGGUUUUGCAGUGUUUCACAAUGUGAGGAUACCUCGGGAAAACUUGCUAAACAAAACAGGAGACGUUGCGCCUGACGGGCGAUAUGUUUCACCUUUUAAAGACCCAAAUAAGCGGUUUGGGGCCUCUUUAGGUGCUCUGUCAGGAGGUAGGGUGGGCAUUACGAGGAUGGCACUGGUCAAUCUGAAGCUGGCAGUGACUGUGGCUGUGCGAUUCUCUGCCACACGCAGACAGUUUGGGCCCAAAGAGGACGAGGAGAUUCCAGUGCUGGAAUAUCAACUGCAGCAAUGGCGUCUUAUUCCAUUCCUGGCAGCAGUGUACGCACUGGAGCAAUUCACCAAAUCCUUCAGCAUGAACUUUGUGGAAUUUCAAAUCGGACUUUUGAUGAAGGACAAGAGCGACAGACAGGCUGAACUGGGCAGAGAGAUCCACGCCUUGUCCUGUGCGAGUAAACCCCUGGGAUCAUGGACCGCUCAGCGAGGCAUUCAGGAAUGUCGAGAGGCCUGUGGAGGACACGGUUACCUUGCCAUGAACCGGCUGGGAGACAUGCGAGACGACAAUGACCCAAACUGCACAUAUGAGGGAGACAACAACGUUCUCCUGCAGCAGACCAGCAACUACCUGCUCAGCUGGAUCCAGCACAAACAAGAAGGUAAAGGAAGGAUUGAAUCCCCUCUCGAGACUGUCAACUUCUUAGAGGACAUGAGCAGCAUUCUGCAGAGCAAGUUCACAGUUGGCUCAGUGGAAGAGUGCAUGAACUCAGCCGUGCCCCUGGCAGCAUAUAAGUGGCUGGUGUGUUUCUUACUGGGCGAAAGCCAGAAGAAGCUGUUUCAGGAGAAAUCUUCUGGACUGGGAGACUUUGAGGCACGAAACAACAGCCAAGUGUAUUACUGUCGUUCAUUGGCUAUUGCCUUUAUUGAGCACACAGUGCUGCAGCGUUUCCAUGAUCUGAUUCAGGAUGAACAGACUCCUGCUGCUCUCAGAUCAGUGCUGGGGCGUCUCUGUGCUCUUUAUGGCUUGUGGACACUCAGCAACCAUAUGGCCAUCCUGUAUCAAGGAGGUUAUUUUUCUGGUGGGCAGCCGGUUGACCUCAUCCAGACAGCCGUUCUCACUUUGUGUGGGCAGCUGAAGGAUGACGCUGUGGCAUUGGUUGAUGUGUUCGCUCCUCCUGACUUCAUCCUCAACUCUCCCAUUGGCAAAGCGGAUGGUGAGCUCUACAAAAACCUGUGGUCUACAGUCAUGCAGGGUAAGAACGUUCUGGAACGGCCAUCUUGGUGGGCUGAAUUUUGCUCUGACAAACCUGCUGUUGGAUCUCUCAGAGCCAAACUCUAAAUCCUCACACUGGAAAAAUCAUAGCAGAUGUCCGUCUGUUUAUCCUUUAAGCCAAGCAGUUUUCUCCUGAUAUUGCAAAACUGUCAAACAGUUGUCACAGUUAAAAUUCAGCAUUCAGUUCAUUUGAUUGAGAAAAUGAUGAUUUUGAUGUAAUAUAAUUGACAGAUUCUGGAAACAAUCAAGUAUCUGUUACAGCACUUCUUUAUUCACUGUGCCACGAAAAACUUUUAUUGAUAAACUCCAUAUAUAUUUCGCUGUGUCCAUUGAACAUAAAUUUCCUGAUCUGUUUCUUUAAAGGUGACAUUGGCUGGCCAAUUUACACAUUUAUAUGAUUCCUAAGGGCUAAGCUUCUCAAUGGUACUGUAAAAAUACCCCUUUUACCCUGUCAAAACACCUCAGUUCAUGGCUGAUCAUGAAUGGCUGAUAAACUACCAAUUGAUUCUUGUGUAGCUAAACCAGCGCACCACUCACACAGUUCUCAACCAAGACUGGAGCUUCUGCUAAAUUUUGACUGACUGACAUGUAGUAUUUGAAGCUGUCUGCACAUUUUAAUGACAAAAUACAUAUAAUCGUUGCAUAUAAAUUAUCAUUUCUUGACAAUGCUGCCUGCCAUUAUCAGUGUAAAAUGUAAUCAAACUAACAUCUAUACACAGCGGCACUGCUGGAUUUAACAAACGCACCAUUUUUGAUCUGGUGUAUAAAUGAACAACAUCACACUGACAAGCACAGCUCUGAACACCUGAGAGAAAGAUGAUAUUAUUUUUAAAAAGAAAGGGAAUUGAAGUUAACAUUUGGGAACAACUAACAAAAACUAGAAUUGUAUAUAAAGAAUGAAGCUUUCUGACAAAUUGUAGGUAUACAUACAUGCUUUAAAAGCAUUUUAAUGUGAGUCCAGCUUCGUAUUGCCUAUGGUCAUAAAGCAGUCUGGCCUUCCAACUUACAUCCAACCACAGAGCAUGCAGGAUUGCUUCAUUGUUCAAACAAAAGGCCUGUUUUUUAGUCACUUUGCAAUCUGUUUAUCAAAAGGGGUAGUAGGUUAGUUCUUCAUUUAAAGAAUUGGCUGGUUACAUCUAAACCAGCUCAAAUUUCAAAUGGCCAAAUAUGGCAGAUAAAUCAAAGACUGUUGAAGGCAAGCCUGGAUGCUAAUGCUAACAUUGGAAGUAUGCAGGGAAUGAGACUAAAUGUGAUGUGGCUAAGACAUGCUUCAAAUGACCAAGUUAGCAUCACAGGUUUUCCGAUAAUACAGACGUUAUCAUCUCCCCCAUGCAAGAAAAUGUCUGACAUAAAUAGACUAAGAUAGUUUAAAAAAAGCUUCAUGUUUUCUUUUCAACUUGUCUGAGCUGGCAGACACAGCAGAAAAACCUAAACACCAACAGAUCUAUAAAAGGGGACAUUUCAUCUGAUGUCACUUUUAAUGCACAAGAAGCUAAACAAAACCUUUACAAUAACAAUGUUUAAAUAGUAAUUGUACAACAAUUUGUCAUGUUGAUACAGUGCUCAGCAUAAUUAAGCACACCCCAUUUUGAAACUGAAUAUUUUUCUCAAUUUCUCAGUGAAUAUAGGCAAUGUAUUUUGGUGCAUUUAAUCAAAACAGUUUUAUUAAACAGAUAUAUUUAUUAAAAUAAUAUUUUAAAUCACCAAACAUAUUUAGAAAUUGAAAGAUAAUACAAUUAAAUUCAAGCUAAAUAUUGCAAAAAUAAAUUACAAACUACAAAAUUUCAACUCAAUUUUUUGCUUCUCUUGAUUUUUCCUCUUUUUAAAAUUUGUAUUUAAUAUUUUUCUAUAACUUAUAAAUUUGGGUGUACUAGUCUUUGGACAGUUAUUGUAAGUUAUUUUCUUAGAUAAGCUCCAGAUUUGGCUUCAGUACUGACUAAUCUCAUGUAUAUGCACAAUAUCAUAUAAAUAUGAAUUUAAAAGUUAGAUUUGCGAGGAGUGUACUCAUAUAUGCUGAGCACUGUAACUGGCAUUCAGUUCUGUUAAGGAGUGAAAAUGUGUGAUUUCAUAUUAACUGAAUGGUGAAUGAUUUUAUGCACAUUGUCAUGUUGUAUUAAUGCGAUGUAUAAUUGCAACAAAUCUUGACUUUUUAACAAUAAUAAAUAUUUUUUAAUUAUUUAAA